AUGCCUGGGCCGGUUGAGAGCGAUAUUGAGGAUCUCGAGAUCCCCUCGGUGGAGGGAUUCGACGAUGAUUUUGAAGAGGAUGCCAUUGAUAACGGCUCCCCUGUUCCACCCAACGCUCAGGGAACUGUGGUUCGUCUUGGUGAUGAGCCGGUCGAUGAGCCCGAGGUAAACGAUGAUGAGGACGCUCCAGCCGCGCCAGUUGCGCCAAUGGGUCUCGAGAAGCCAGCAUCUAAGAAAAAGGGCGGCAGGGCCUCGAAGGGUGCUACGCCUGCCAAGAGUACGGCCAAAACCCCUCAGAAGGCGACUGCUAAGACCCCGAAAUCUACCAAGCUAACCAAGACACCAUCCUCUGCGACAGCAUCGAAGAAGCGUAAAGCUCCUGAGGCGCCCAUCGCUGCGCCUCCUGCCAAGAGGGGAGGUGGUCGUGCUGCAGCGAGUAAUGCAGCUGCUGCAAUCAAGGAAUCUACCGCAAAGCGUGCUAGAGCACCGAAUGGAACUGCCAAACCUGCACCAAAGUCAAAUGGCACUCGGGGCCGGAAGAAGGCUGCUCCCGUCCCAGGACCUAUUUUCGAAGAAUACGAGGUGGAGGCAAUUCUUGACUCUACUGUUGAUGCUUCUACAAAGGAGCACAUGUUCUUUAUCAAGUGGAAGGGCUACGAUGAUAAAGAUAACACAUGGGAGCCGAAGAAGAAUCUAACCCACGCCGCCGAACUAAUCAAGGAAUUCGAGAAGUCUGCUAAGCCAGCGGCUACGGCUACGGCUACUGGCAAACCUCGGGGUCGUCCCAAGAAAGCCUAA